CAGAUACCUAAUGAAAUAGCUCCCAGUGAAAUUACUUCGCAGAUUGGGAUGAGUUCACCCUGUAAAGACAAUGAACUGACUGGUGAAUACGCCAUUUCCAAUGCAAUCAAAGUUCCGAAAUCACUAAUCAAAUCUGGCACAUUAGUGCAGUUUCGACCAAUGCCAAAAGUUUGUUCCAAACAACAAUCACCUGAAAGUUGCUUUAACGCAACCACACCUAAAUUUAAAUGUUAUUGGUGUCCAACUAUCAGCAAAUGUAGCAAUGGUCAAGAUAUUCACAUCCAGGAGUGGUUAGCAAAUGACUGUCAUAAAACGAAUAUUUCUCAACUUCAACGUUCAACAAAUGCAACUAUCGUUAUUGUGGCAAUCAGUGUUACUUUGCUCAUUAUAUCUGUAAUUGCCGUAUUUCUCUAUUUGCUUAUUCGGAAUCGUCGAUUGUUUGUAAAUUCUUCCUAAAUCAUUUCUAG